GGGUGGGACUUCCGGCGUCUCCCUUCGGCGGCCACUUUCACUGCCCUCAAGAGAACUCAGCCUGCUGGAAGCUGGUUGUUCGCCGAGGCUACCAGCGCCGGAAAGCGCGGUGGCGACGCGCUGUGUUCUCGCCGUGCAGAGGCGGGUCUGAGGCUCGGUGGCGGCGCCCAGGGUGACCCGGGCCCUCUCCUCGGUCGCUAUCUCACCGCCAGCUCUACCCACAGGCUCCGAUGGCAGCGGCCGCGCUGAGGGACCCAGCUCAGGUUCCUGUGACUGCGGAGUUGCUUACAGACCAUGAGGAGCAGGGCUAUGUGACCUUUGAGGACGUGGCUGUCUACUUCUCCCAGGAGGAAUGGAGGUUGCUGGAUGAGGCUCAGAAGCUCCUCUACCGCAAUGUGAUGCUGGAGAACUUUUCGCUUCUGGCCUCUCUGGGACUUGCAUCUUCCAAGACCCAUGAAAUAACCCAGCUGGAGUCAUGGGAGGAGCCCUUCAUGCCUGCUUGGGAAGUUGUGACUUCAGCCACGCCGAGAGGUUGUUGGCAUGGAUCCGAGGCUGAGGAGGCUCCUGAGCAGAGUGCUUCUGUAGGACUGCUCAGUUCGAACAUUCAGCAACACCAGAAGCAGCGCUGUGGAGAGAAACCCUUAAAAAGACAAGAGGGCAGGGUCCCAGUUUUGAGGAGUUGCAAAGUUCACCUAUCAGAGAAGUUCUUGCAAAGCAGGGAGGUUGGGAAGGAUCUCCCGACCAGCUCAGGUGUUCUCAAGCACCAGGUGACUCACACGGGAGAGAAGUCACAUAGGAGCUCCAAAAGUAGAGAGGCCUUUCAUGCUGGAAAAAGGCGUUACAAAUGCAGUGAAUGUGGGAAAGCCUUUGGUCAGAAAUAUUUACUUGUUCAGCACCAGAGACUACACGCUGGGAAAAAGACGUAUGAAUGCAGUGAAUGUGGGAAGUUAUUUAGAGAUAUGUCCAACCUUUUUAUACACCAAAUAGGUCACACUGGAGAAAGGCCUUAUGGGUGUGGUGACUGUGGAAAAUCCUUUAGCCGUAAUGCUCACCUCAUUGAACACCAGAGAGUUCACACUGGAGAAAAGCCUUUUACAUGCAGUGAAUGUGGAAAAGCUUUCAGGCAUAAUUCCACACUUGUUCAGCAUCACAAAAUCCACACUGGAGUAAGACCUUAUGAGUGCAGUGAAUGUGGAAAAUUGUUUAGUUUCAACUCCAGCCUCAUGAAACAUCAGAGAGUUCACACUGGAGAAAGACCUUAUAAGUGCACUGAAUGUGGAAAAUUCUAUAGCCACAAGUCCAACCUUAUCAAACAUUGGCGUGUUCAUACUGGAGAAAGGCCUUACGAGUGCAGCGAAUGUGGGAAAUUUUUUACCCAAUGCUCAAGCCUCAUGCAACAUCGAAAAGUUCACACUGGAGAAAAGCCUUUUAAGUGCAAUGAAUGUGGGAGAUUCUUUAGAGAGAAUUCCACCCUUGUUAGACAUCAGAGGGUUCACACUGGAGCAAAGCCUUAUGAGUGCAGGGAAUGUGGGAAAUUUUUUAGCCAAAGCUCAACCCUCAUGCAACAUCGAAAAGUUCACAUUGGAGAAAAGCCUUUUAAGUGCAAUGAAUGUGGGAGAUUGUUUAGAGAGAAUUCCAGCCUUGUUAAACAUCAGAGGGUUCACACUGGAGCAAAGCCUUAUGAGUGCAGGGAAUGUGGGAAGUUUUUUCGCCACAACUCCAGUCUUUUUAAACAUCGAAGGAUUCAUACUGGAGAAAUGCAGUGAUUGUGUGAAAUCCUUUAGCCAGUGUUUCAACCUCAUUCAACACCAGAAAGUUCACAGUGGAAAAAAAUCUUGAAGGUAACAGAUGGAAAUCCAUUAGCCACACCUCCAGUUCUCAUUCAACACUGGACAGUUCACAACGUGGACAAUAUAGUGAAUAUGGAAAAAGGUUUCAGCCAAAGGCCUAACCCUAUUCAACACCAGAAAGUUUAGACUGGAGAAAGGCCUUAGGGUGGCAGGUUAUGUACUGUCUCUGAAUCAAUAUGACCUCACUUAAAACAAAGUCUGAGGAUGGCCUUUAUGAGGGAGCUGGCAAUUGAACAUCAUUCAUCUAAAUAUGCACACUGGAGGCAAGAUGAGAAUUCCUGACAGAUUGUCCCUCCUGAGAAGAUAGCCCUCUGCCUUGGAGCUCCAGAGAGUGGGAGCCCUGUGUUCUUGGCUGCACCAGUCGAAUGGAGUUUUAAUCUCGCUGAGUUUGGAGUUGGGGGAGGAAAGGAGUGGUCUUGUUUCAGAUGUGACUCACUUUUGCUGUUCUUAUGAAUGUUAGAUCUUCUUUAAUAAAUAUUUAUUUGCCGUACACCCUUAUGACCAUCUCCAGAGACUGAAUUGUGUUUUUAUAAUUUUCACCCUUUUGGCUGUGUAACAGGUCUGCAAGCUCCUCACUCAGUUAUUCUGUAAGUUGAUCCAAAUGUUUGAAAUUUUAAGAACUUGCCAAAUUGUGUUCUAAAUGGUUACCAUUUCAUAUUUCCUCCUGGAAUAUAUUAGAUUUUCCAUUUCUUCACAUUACUGACAGUUUAUAUGUAUAGAAGUGAUAGGCCAUUCAUUUUAGCCAUUUUACUAAGUGUGAAGUAGUAUUUCAUUGUAGUUCUUAAUUUGUAUUUUUCUGAUGACUCAGUUUUGAGCAUUUGUUAAUGUGUUUACUUGUCACCCAUAUAUCUUCUUUAGUGAAAUGUCUGUUGGUAUUUUUUGCCUGUUUUUUUAAAACAUUUGGUUGGUUACAAGUUCUUAAUAUUUCUGGAGACAAAUUCCUUAUUUGAUAUAAGCAUUGCCAAUAUUUUCUCAUGGUCCGUGGCUUUUGUUUUCUUUUUUAAAAUUUAGAGAUGAGGUCGUGCUUUGUUGCACAGACUAGUCUAACUCCUGGCCUCAAGUGAUCAUCCUGCCUCAGCCUCCCAAAGUGCUGGGAUUACAGGCAUGAUCCACCAUGCUUGGCCUUGUUUUCAGUUCUUAACAGUAUCUUUCCUAGAGCAGAUUGCCUUAAUUUUAUGAAGCCCAGUUUAUCCAUUUGUUAUUUUAUUCAUUGUGCAUUUGGUGUUGCAUCCUCUUACUAUACCAUAUCUUUGCCGAUAAAUAAAAGCCUUAUGUGAGUAUGCUACUGUAAUCUUAUGAGUAUUUUUAAAUAUCCAACUUCUGAAAUAUUUGUAGGUUUAACUACAGAUAAAUAAUUCAAUGUAUAGAUAAAUGUGUACAUAUUCCCUAUCUUUACUGAGACAGCCUAGCAAGCCAUGGCAUUCCAGUAGUUUUGAGCAUAUUUAAUACCCAGUUAUUGGUUUGUAUAAUUUUUUAAUAAAAGGAACCAGAACUCCUUAGAGAAGAGGCUGUUUUCAAGUUGUGGCAGAAAAGGUACAACAUGAUUUGAGGAAAUACUGCAUUGGAAAAUAAAUAAAUGUUCACAGAAUAA